AUGACAAAUCUGUCAGACGCAGACGACUUUAUCGACUCGGAGGACUCAUUUGGUGACGGCGAUAAGGGAAGCAGUAGGCAGUCUGCUCAAGAGACCGUCUGCGACAAUCGUCAUAACUUCCAUGGAUCUACAGAGGGACCGUAUCCCUCGUCUCAGCCCAGCCGCAGCCAAGCUCAGUCCGCGUCUGCUGCCUCGCCUGGUACCAUGUUCCCACACCGGACACUACACGGAGCCACCUACCCGGCCCUCGCCAUCACCAGUUCGGGUCACUACAUGGCACACCAUCCUGUGGUCACGCAAGGCUCAUAUAAUAGCCUCUUGACCACUACGUCACCUCAAGGCUUCCCAGCACCCGGAUAUUUUUACGCCCAGCCAUACGGGCAUGGCCACCAAGGAGGGGCUUUCCACAAGACCUCAGCAAUGCAAACCGGGAUGGUUUUUGGUAAAGCGCAAGUUUAUCUCUGCAAUAGGGCUCUGUGGCUCACGUUUCACAGGCACCAAACAGAGAUGAUCAUCACUAAACAGGGGCGACGAAUGUUUCCAUUCCUGAGCUUUAAUAUAUCUGGACUUGAUCCGACGGCAAAUUACAAUAUUUUUGUGGACGUCAGUCUCGCGGACCCUAAUCACUGGCGGUUCCAAGGAGGACAGUGGGUACCCUGCGGUAAAGCUGAGUCAAAUGGGACAGGGAACAAGGCCUACAUGCAUCCAGACUCUCCGAACACCGGCGCGCACUGGAUGCGUCAAGAAAUUUCCUUUGGAAAACUGAAGUUGGCAAAUAAUAAAGGGGCAUUGGAAAGUGCAGGGCAGAUGGUUGUCGUUCAGUCCCUCCAUAGGUACCAACCCCGUCUUAAUGUGGUCGAGGUGCACGAAGAUGGGGCCGAGAACGCCAGUCAACCCAGACAGUCAUUUACGUUCCCCGAGACGCAAUUCGUUGCAGUCACAGCAUACCAGAACACAGACAUAACACAGCUGAAAAUAGACCACAAUCCUUUCGCAAAAGGUUUUCGGGACAAUUAUGACAAAAUCUACACAGGCUACGAUAGUGACCGGUUGACGCCAUCGCCGAGUGACUCGACCUACGCCCAGUUUGUGCCCGGUGCCAGAUAUGCACUUGCUAAUUCUUUCCUUCAGCACCAAUUCGUCAGCACUUAUGCCAAGUCCUGUUUCCGCCCUAGCGCAGGAGCUACGUCUGGACUAGACUAUAACGUCCCCUUAACUAACAGCAUGCUGUCACCGCAAACCAGCGAGGAGGACACGAUGGCGGCAUCCCCGAGAUGGUUUGUGACACCGACCAACAACAGACUGGACUAUGCCUCCCGCACAAAUGACGCGACUGGAAACACGGCAACUUUGCUGUCAUAUGCAACAGCUGGGAAGGCACUACAGCUGUCCGCAACGGACAGUUCGGGUAGAGCCCUUACUUAUUACGCAGAACCAACGGAUUUUGCGCCGACCUCACCCCAGUAUUGCGGUGCGUCUAGCCCGGCCCUGUCUUGCUGGACUAAUGGACACGCUAUAGGUACUGCGGACUUUGACGAGGUCCUCUCACUUUCAAAGGAGAGUUUGCCAACGAGUGUCUCUGAAGACGCAAAACCACAAGAUAUCUCGGAGUCUAGUUGGAUAGAGACGAAACCCAGCCUAAAACCCCAAACAGCAAGCAAUGCAGGUGUAGAAGCACGGUGGCUAGGAAAAACUCCCUAGAAAAGCCAAAACCUAGGAAGAAACCUAGAGAGGAACCAGGCUAUGUGGGGUGGCCAGUCCUCUUCUGGCUGUGCCGGGUAGAGAUUAUAACAGAACAUGGCCAAGAUGUUCAAAUGUUCAUAAAUGACCAGCAUGGUCGAAUAAUAAUAAGGCAGAACAGUUGAAACUGGAGCAGCAGCACGGCCAGGUGGACUGGGGACAGCAAGGAGUCAUCAU